AUGGGGGGGCACCUGACGCCGCCGCGCCAUACACGCGACACAAUCACCACCACGUCACCACCGCGCCACCACGUCCCCGGACGGCCGGCGACGGUGGACGGUCAACAGUCAACGGUCAACGGUCAGAGCUUCACUAACGGCACGCGGGCCCCGGGAACCGGAAGGGGCUCACUCCGCCUGACCCCGGAACAGUUUCUUCUUCUCUAUCGUGAACUGGGGGCUGAUGAUUAUCGUACCGCCUCGCGUCAGGUUUCUGAGGAAGAGGACACAACAGUUAGUUGCGAUCAACCGAAGCUCGGUAUUAAACGGAACGAAAAAUUC